UGAGUUCCUAGUAGUACCGGCAAGAUGAAGGUACCCUUACUUCUCAGUUUUCUUGCACUCGGUUUGAACUUCCCAAGUCUGUGUGAAGCCGGGUGUCCCAGUAACUGCCAUUAUAACGGUAAAUGUAAUGUUAGACAGUCUACCUGUCAUUGCUAUGAAGGGUUCACGGGGUCGGAUUGUAACACUGCUUGUGGAUGUAAUGGUCGUGGUACCUGUUUAAAAGACAAUACAUGUAAAUGUGAUGAAGGGUGGAUCUAUUCUGGUGGGCAAUGUAUCUGGGAUUGUCAUUGUUCUAAUGGGAUUGUCAUUGUUCUAAUGGUAAGUGAUAUCUUUACGUCGUAUAGUCUUACAAUUGUUGCUGAUACGUCGUGUCUAAAACAAUGUAUCUGGGAUUGUCAUUGUUCUAAUGGUGCCAAGUGUAUAGGGCCGGGAGAAUGUGGAUGUAGUCAACCAUGUAAAUAUGGAGAUUGUAGAAAUGGACAAUGUCAGUGCUGGAAUGGAUAUAAAGGUGUAGAGUGUUCACAAUAUGAUCCUACUAUAAUGACUAACAAUGGUAUUAAGAUGGGAAUGAACCUGGGCGGAAUCAGCUACUAUUCAUCGGAGCUGAAAUUCGUGGACAUCGCCAAACAGUCUCAAGAGUGGAUCACACAGCGCGAUGGUCAGAACAGUUGGGAUACCAAGGAACAUGAUAUAAUACAAUGGACCACUGAUGGUUAUCCGGCAUCACUUCCAGACGGAAUGCGAGUAGCCAAGUUGGUGUAUCGUAAUUUUGGGGUCCAUGAAGAGAAUGGUCAAUAUGCAAUAUUAUGGGAUGGAGAUGGUGAAGUUAGUAUCAAGUUAACAAAAUAUAAAAUAUUAUCCAACCAAAAAGGUAGAAUGGUGGUCGAAUUGAACCAUCUAAAUAAAGGUGGUGUUUUAUUAGUGGUUGGAAACAUCAACCCUAAAAAUCCAUUACGAAAUCUCCGAAUGAUAGCACCGGGAUAUGAACAGAUCUAUAACAGGUUUCCAUUCCACCCUGUCUUCCUGGAAAAUCUUAGACGUUACUCGGAAUUAAGAUUCAUGGACUUUUAUGCCACCAAUGGACACGGUCCCGAGCCGACAACCUGGUCCAGUAGAUACACCGAUACUUUCCAUACCCAGGCCGGUAAACAAGGUGGAGCGUUAGAACAUAUGAUAGAUCUAUCUAAUAGAUUAGGUACCAACCCCUGGUUCUGUAUACCCCAUGCUGCCGAUGAUGACUACAUCACCAAGUUUGCCACCAUGGUCCGAGAUAAACUCAGACCAGACCUGAAGAUAUAUGUAGAAUAUUCAAAUGAAGUAUGGAAUGGAAUAUUUAGACAGACCAAGUACACUCGAGAACAAGGAAUGGCACUAAAACUAGAUUCAAGAGAUUUUAAAGCUGGUUUGAAAUAUUACAAUAAAAGAUCCACCGAAAUGAUUCUUCUCUGGAAUAAGGUAUUUGGAUCUAAUGCUAAAGACAGGGUGUUUGGAGUGUGGGCGUGGCAGACAGGGUAUCAGGAUUAUUACAGACAGGCUAUUGAAGAUCUUGGUACUAGAGUUCAAACAUUUAGAAAUAUCGCUAUUACUGGAUACUUUGAUUGUUCUCGUGUAGCUGAUAAACAUGCCAAGGAACUACCCCAGAUGAAUAUGACUCAGAUACAACAAUAUUGUAAAGCUGAACUUCCCAAGAAAGAAGCGGAAUUUAAACAUUAUAUGGACAUGGCAAAGGCACAUGGUGUAGAAUUAGCGAUGUAUGAAGGUGGUCCUGGCGUCAUGGAAAGUAGCGCCAUCGCACAUUUCGGACAGGCCAAUAAAGCUACAACUGAGAAGGCGAUAGCAUUUAAUAAAGAUAUCCAUAUGGAAGAGAGCGUUAUGGACGUUCUUAAAUUGUGGAAUAAAGUCGUAGUCAACGAUCCGGCUACCAAACAUGGUGGAUUCUUCAACUAUUUCUCUUACACCAGUACACCGUCUAAAUACGGUUCAUGGGGAAUGUUGGAGUAUACUGGACAAGAUCCUAAAACAGUGGCUAAAUUCAGAGGAGUUCAGAGGUUUCUAACGUCUAUUUAUAGUACUGUUCCACGAGGUCCUCGGUGUUCGUUUAUAAAGAAUAGUGCCAUGGCGUAUGGUUGCUACAAUACUGCUGGUAAAUUCGACUGUGGUAUGACAGAUGACAAUGGUAGAACUUGGAAUAACUUUAAUGUACCAGAACGAAGUCCAGGUGAUACUUUGGUACUAGACGGUUACAAUAAAAAGAAAGAUUUAGUCUAUAUUAGAGUCACUGAUAACCUUGGAGCCAAUACUUAUCAUGUUUAUAAUCUAAAAUCUCAACAGUGGACAUCGUCUACCAACUUCCUAUAUUAUACAGAACUAGCUGAUAGAGAUAUUCUCCCUCCACAGUCUAAUAGUAACUACCUGGGAUUAGAUUCACAUUUUAAUUGUUAGUAUAACUGGUAUUAAAAAUAUUAAAAAGUGCUCAUUACAAUUGUAGAGCGU